GAUAUUGAAUGAUUACUCUUGCCUUUAAAUAAGUGAGUGUGUAAUUACAUACUUGCACGUCUCGACCGCAUAACGAAGAAUGCACCCAUGCUGAGUUUGUCCCGUGCAAGACUGCGUAAAUCCAUUUGAGGCGUAUUUUGGAGUGUGCCAGCAAAUUAUCGCAACCUGUUAGCCUGCAGGCAGCGACGGAUGCUGCCUUACCGGGAAAAUGCGUUUGCGUGGAACGCCGUGGAGGUCUUGGUUAACGGCCUGCUACAGCACGGCCACGUUAUCAACGUGGUGGAGGGCGGCCUGAUCAUCGAUUUCGGAUGCGCCACGCAGCGCUCGGAGUUCGUCGCCUACGGACCCAUUAUCCUCAGCCAUCACGAAACGCGGGAAAAACAGGACGUCGUACAGGCCCUGUGGCGGCAGCGUGCGGACGCGGCGUGGAUCUGGUACCCUGGAAAAGCCAUCGACUGGAAUGAAUUCUAUUACGGCGAGGCUGAGUAUGUGGAAGUGGAGCUCCCGCACGGCACCGUCACCGAGCUGGUUCCCUGGCAACAGGUGCGCCCAGUGCUGACGGACGAGGAUUAUGAGGAGCGUCGGGUCAAGCCAAAUGACUUUGUUAUCCGCUCUUGCCCGCUGCCCGCGGACUACUGGCAGGAUGCGACAGCGCUGCUCGCCGGGAUCCUGAAGUACGAACUGAGCUGGCGCUUCAAGGUCCUGUUAACGGUCGUGCUCAGUCAAAGACUGUUGUAUCUGCAGUGGCAGUAUGCAUCCCCGUUGACAUCUGAGCAACUGCAAGAAAGGUGCGACGUGGCGAAGAAAAAGCAGGCGCAUGGUUGCCCAUCCGACUUACUGCGCUGGAUACAUCGUCACGGUCCGCUUGACACAGCUAGUAGAAAGCGUAAGAUUUCCAACGAACGCCGCGCAAGUCUGCCGUUGGCGGCUGAGCUGCUGCAGCAGGUCUUCCAGGCACUGGACUCCAUUGGACGGAUCCGCUGUCGGCGUGUCUGUCACGCAUGGGACCGCCUCCUCUUCACCGACACUUACUUCCCAGAUGUGCGUGUCACCGGUGGCGAGGCCGCGUAUGGUGAUGUGGAUUUCUCCGAGGACGGUGUGUACUGGGUGCUGGCCUGCUUGUUCAAGUGCCUCACCAGCGCCACCACGAUGGUGGUGGUCAGCAACUUAAAAUCAUGCGACUGCUGGCACGUGGCCGGGCCGAUUAAUCGCGUAUUCAGUGCCCAGCACAAAAUCCCCACUGUGGUGUUCCAUGGGUGUUAUCUGGGGGAGGCUGAUGAUCGCAUGCAAGAAGCCAUCGAACGGUUGGCGUCAUUGGCUGGGGACUGUCGGUGUGAGAGAAUGGUGUGGAAGAAGUGCGGCAUCUCGUACAGCAAGCAGCACAUAACUGUCACGCAGCAGGCCUUCAACAUCCGGUCGCAGGAGGACACUGAGAUGCAGCUGUGGGAGCACUUGGAGGGCAAUCUGGAGGUCGAAGAGCCACUGGAUUUGCAGGCUGUAUCCGCAUGGAUCACGGACUGCUGGGCUCAGCAGCGACACGAUGAAAUUGAAGAGGUGGUGAAGGUGUUGAACCAGAUUCAGAGUGUGGAUCCCCGACCGAUCUCGCAGUACCGCGGUGUGGAGUGGACGGUGUCCAACGUCUCCGAUCUGGAUGUUAGCAAACUGACUUCGCUGACUGCCAGGCUCUUGGUACAGUGCAUGCGGCUAGCAGCUGUGUGGCGGGCAAAGGAUAAAGAUCCGGAUAGUUGGUGAUCCAAACUGCUGUAGUGUGUACUGCCAUACACCCUUUUAACAAUUCAAUUGCACAGUCGAAUCUACACUGAAACCGAUAGUUUGCACUGUUCAGUGUUCAAUGUUGACUCUUAUCACAAAUAUGUACAACACGAGCGAUUCCUAAUUACCUGAGCACUGAUAAAUUACAGAAACGUGCGAGAAU